AUGACGAUGUUGCUUCCUGCAGAUUUCACCAAGUUACAUCUCACAGAUAACCUCCAUCCACAGGUGACUCACGUCUCCUCCAGCCAGUCAGGAUGUAGCAUCACCAGUGACUCUGGCAGCAGCAGCUUAUCUGACCUUUACCAGGCUACUGAGAGUGAAGCUGGGGAUAUGGACCUAAGUGGCCUGCCCGAAACUGCAGUAGACUCUGAAGAUGAUGAUGAUGAGGAGGAUAUUGAGAGAGCAUCAGAUCCACUGAUGAGCAGGGACAUUGUGAGAGACUGUCUGGAGAAAGAUCCCAUAGAUAGAACAGAUGAUGAUAUUGAACAAUUGUUGGAAUUCAUGCAUCAACUGCCGGCUUUUGCGAACAUGACCAUGUCAGUCAGAAGAGAACUAUGUGCUGUGAUGGUGUUUGCAGUGGUAGAGCGGGCGGGCACUAUAGUACUCAAUGAUGGUGAAGAGCUUGACUCUUGGUCGGUCAUUUUAAAUGGUUCUGUAGAAGUCACAUAUUCAGAAGGAAGGCUGGAAAUCCUAUGCAUGGGCAAUAGCUUUGGUGUCUCUCCUACUUUAGAGAAGGAAUACAUGAAGGGAGUGAUGAAAACGAAGGCUGAUGACUGCCAGUUUGUGUGCAUAGCCCAGCAAGACUAUUGUCGAAUCCUCAACCAGGUGGAAAAGAAUAUGCAGAAAGUUGAGGAGGAGGGGGAGAUUGUUAUGGUAAAAGAACAUCGAGAAUUGGAUCGCACUGGAACCAGGAAAGGGCAUAUUGUCAUAAAGGGAACGGCUGAACGGUUAACAAUGCACCUGGUGGAAGAGCAUUCAGUGGUGGAUCCCACAUACAUAGAAGAUUUUCUUUUAACAUACAGAACCUUCUUAUCAAGCCCAAUGGAAGUUGGGAAGAAAUUGCUGGAAUGGUUUAAUGACCCAAGUCUCAGGGACAAGGUUACACGGGUAGUAUUACUGUGGGUAAACAAUCACUUCAAUGAUUUUGAAGGAAAUUCUGCAAUGACCAUAUUUCUAGAAGAAUUUGAAAACAAUUUGGAGCGAGAGAAAAUGGGCGGUCACCUUCGCUUGUUGAACAUUGCUUGUGCAGCUAAGGCCAAGCGGCGACUAGUAACUCUAAUGAAGCCGUCACGGGAAGCUCCUUUGCCAUUUAUCCUUUUGGGAGGCACUGAAAAAGGUUUUGGGAUUUUCAUAGACAGCGUAGAGCCUAGUAGUAAAGCUACUGAAACUGGGUUGAAACGUGGUGAUCAGAUAAUGGAAGUCAAUGGACAAAACUUCGAGAAUAUUCAGCUGCCCAAAGCAUUGGAAAUUCUUAGGAACAAUACUCAUUUGUCUAUCACUGUGAAAACAAACUUGUUUGUGUUUAAAGAACUUCUGUCUAGGCUCACAGAAGAGAAGAGAAAUGGUGCUCCACACUUACCAAAAAUUGGUGACAAGAAGGGAAGCCGUUAUUCCAUUCCUGACCUGGCAGUGGAUGUUGAACAAGUGAUUGGAUUAGAUAAAGCAAGUAAGAAAGCAAAGGCAAACACAGUGACUGGACGAAAUAAACUGAAGAAAAUAUUGGGCAAAACUAGAAUCAGUAUCCUUCCACAAAAACCUUACAA